CUUUUUAUUUUCACUUGAAUUGUAAUCAAAAGUUCCCAUCCCAACGCUGAUUCACAACCUUUCACCUUCAUGAAAAUUAAGGUUAAAUCGUGGACCAUGGCUGCGUAUUGGGCGUGGGAUGUCGAAAAGGCCGAUGUGUGUGGUAUUUGUCAAGUUGAAUUUGAUGGUUGUUGUCCUGAUUGCACCAUGCCUGGUGAUGAUUGUCCUCUCAUUUGGGGCGAAUGUACACACGUAUUCCACUUGCAUUGCCUCAUGAACUGGUUCCGUAAAUCAACCAAGGGAGAACAUUGUCCCAUGGAUCGAAGUGUCUGGAAAACAGCCGCAGCACCCAUUUAGUUCCGAUCAGUCAAUCCAAUGUCAAGCAAUACGCCCAACACUCAUUCGACCUCAUAUACGUCGACAGUCAUUAUUACACGUGAAUACACCAGCAUUUCCGUUUUCAAGCGAUCCCUUCAUCUUUCUCUUGUUCAAGAGCAGCUCACCAUUUCACAUUCGCGAUUCCAUGGAGGGUAACCAGACCCUUUCCCCUUUUCCUUUCUCUAUCUGCAUCUCUACCUCUUAUCUAUCCAAGACUUAUCCUUUUGCUAUAGUCUAUUUUUCUUCAUCAUCCAAUAAAGAUAAUUUAUUGUGUGCUCAAUGCAGAU